UGAUGAUAACACACAUUCUCAGUCCGCGCCAUCACUCCGCGAGUCCUCAAGUAACUUCAUUGUCGGUCAACAUUUAUGUAUGCCAACUGCACUUUCUCCCGCACGCCUGCCAUUAAUCGCUCUUGAGACGUCUUGCAAAACACUUCUUCGUGCCCUCUGCUUGCUAGGCGGCUUAUGCAACGAGCGUGAGUACCCGGGCGCGCCGUGCUGUUGCGCUAGCCCUCGCCAUCGUAGGGCAAGGAGCGUGUCGAAGGCAAGGAAGGCAGUUCAGGGGCGUCGCGGAAUAAGGGGGUGACAAAGCGAGAUUACACCGCGAGGAAGAAGGCAGAUAAAGAUCAUGGUAGGAUGAGGAAGCCUGUCGAAGGAGUUCAAAGAGGAGGCAGCUAGAAAGUGACGGCGCGAUGGACCUAGGGGAUUCAGGGAUACUCUUGGCAGGCGAAGCAAGCGGAAAAGGAAAUGAAACUGAAAGCGAUAACAGGAACGAGCCUUUGAAACAUGAUUGAAUUGUGGCAGAGCAUGAUGCGGAACGAAGAACAUCAUAGGAGAUUUUCUAUGGCAGAAUGAGACAGCAGAUUGUUAAAAGAUGAGCAUGCACGAAAAAAGGCGAAGGAGUGCGCAAGAUGUAUUCAAGGAGUGCGAUGAGACGAGCAAUACACUGAGGCAAGAUAUAUGAGCGUGAUAGAAGGACGGAGCAAAGCGCGCUAAAUUUCCCUGACCAACAAGUAACUGAAUUUCGCGUACUGUCGACUACUGAUGUUAUUUCUGGCACAACGGGCGGUGAAGGGAGGUAACAGCAAGAUCGCCUGUAAACCUUCAUUUGACUCUGAAGUGAGGGCACGGGCGCCGGGCGACCAGGUGAAAGUUGGCAGGUGGCAAGUGCUGAGGAGAAUGCCCCGUCGACCUCGCCUCCCCAUCCUCGUUGCCUACUUGUGCCUAUUCACGUUGGUGUUUCUGCUGUACGUGUCUGCGCGAAGCCCUCAGCAGGAGGUCAGCGCGGGUAACGGGCCGAGCAAAGAAGCCCAGCCCGGAGAGGAGGGUUCUGCAGCGAAGGCGGCGACCGCGAGGGGCACCAAGAGGAAGGGGAGGAAUAAGGACCAGCCAGUUAAUCCACAUGAUUUUCACAUAAUAAUAAAUAACCCCAAAAUAUGCAACGGGGAUAAUGCGGUAUCGCUGUUAGUGCAGGUGAGCUCGGCGCCGGGGAACUUCCACAGGCGGCGUGCCAUCCGUGACACCUGGGGUGGGUCGAGCCCACUGGACGCGUCCGACGCCAGGCUGGUGUUCCUCCUAGGGAACCCGCGCGACAGUCGUAUCCAGACCCAGGUGGUGGAAGAGUCGCGGACGUACGGGGACAUCCUCCAGGAGGACUUCGUAGACUCCUACAUGAACCUGACGAUCAAGUCCGUGAUGGGCCUCAAGUGGGCUUCGAACCACUGCCCGCAGGCACGCUUCCUGAUGAAGACCGACGACGAUAUGUUCAUCAACAUCCCCUCGCUUCUCACGUACCUGCAGGAGGCGUCCGCGUCCACGUGGAUUACAGGGUGCAUCAAGCAGAAGAAGGCUUUUAUGCCUGUCAACGCAGAUCCCGGAGCCUCUCUACCCCCAGGCCAUCCCCCCUUCGUCGCCGGGGCAGGCUACGUGAUAUCAGGUGACCUGGUUGGGGCCCUGUACGCGGCAUCCCUGCGACGGCGGCCUAUCCCCGUGGAGGACGUGUACGUGACGGCGCACUUGGCCCGCGACGUCGGCGUCAGCGCCCCCGUUCACGACGCACGCUUCUCCUGCGGAGAGAUGGUCGUGGACGACUGCGACCUGGUGCAGGUGUUUACUGGGCACAGGAUCUCCCCCGAGCGAAUGUACCACAUCUGGGAGAAGCUCAACCCGAACGGUAUCACGAGCCCCUGCUUCGACUUCUGAGAGCCACGUGCUAAUGGAGGCCUCAGCCGUUCUCGCCGUCGUCAGCUGAAAUGACGCAUUGCAUCUAAUAUCUAACCAUGGGAAGUCUUCCAAAUUUUGCCUCAAAAUUCGCCACCACUGAUCAGCUUUUUUAAGCCAUAGAUUACCGUAUGCAGCUGAAUAUCUCUAGUCAUUUUCAAUGAACAGCUACUUUUACUAUAGAAAAUAUAGAUUAAUACUCAUACUUAAUAUCCAUGCCUGUUAAACGUAUCCAAUGCACGCACGCUCGCACACGCAUACACACACACACACACACACACACACACACACACACACACACACACACACACACACA